AUGGAAGGGGUAUCUGCAGCGUGGCUUGCAGAGAUUCUGGACAGAGACGAUGUCAGCAACGUUGCUUGUGAGGACAUGAGUGGCACGGGGGGUCUCAACUGCCCGAUGACGCGCCUCCUUGUAACCUACGAGGAUGGUGGCAAGGCCAGCUUGGUGCACAAGCGGCAUGAUGCUGACAAGCGCGACAUGAGCAAACAGCUCGGGCUGGCGCGGGAGGCACUCUUUUACAAGGCCUUCGCAUCCAACGAGAUCUUUCGUUCGGUACUGCCGAAAGUUUGGCACGCUGAGGGCGACAUGUCCACCGGAGAGAAAACCAUAAUUAUGGAAGAUCUGGGUGAUGCGAUCCAGAGCGGCUACUUCUUCGGGCCAGUGUCUCCUCACAACUGGGACAAGGACCUUCUGCAGAAAACCAGGGGUUUGUCUGCCAAGAUCUCGGCGCUGGAAGUGGCGAAGGUCGCUGCCAGAGCAGCAGCAGACGUACACUCCUCCUUUUUCCGGGACGUUGAGCUGGCUAAGGACGGGUUUUCCUGGCUUCGGGGAUCGAGAUGGAUUUCAGGAGAGGGGCAGGAGCUUUGGGAAGCGUACCAGGGCCAGAGCCGAGCCGCUUGGGAGUCCUUGGACUUUGCCAAUUCCGGUGUUCUUUGGGACCCGUUUCUGCGAGAGUGCAUUGAUGCUGCCAUCGGACGUGCCAAAGCGGAGAACGGCGGAUUUCCGUCGUUUUUGGCCUGGAUGGAGAAAGCACCAUGGAGCCUCGUUCAUGGAGAUUUCCACCCUGCAAACUGCAUGCUGCUGACACCUCCAGAGCCUGAAGGCCUGCAGGAGUCCAGGUUGAUUUUGCUGGACUGGGAGAACGUGGGCGUGGGCUCUGGGCCACAGGAAAUCGCUCAGUUCCUCAUCUCGCACAUGGAUCCGGACCUGCGAGCUACUGUCGAAUCAGAGGUGCUCCAGGAGUACUACGGCUCGCUGAUUUCCCGUAAUCCUCAGAUUGCGCAGGUGAUGAGCUACGAUGAGUGCUGGCGCGAGUAUGUCGCGGGUGGUGUUGGCAAAUGGACCUGGUUUAUGCCUUUACUGGCCAGCGGCUGCCCUCCAAAGAUGACCCAGUACUUUCACGACCAGCUACUGGCUUUCUUGAAGACUCACAAGCUUACGCCGGCUAACGUGGAAACGCAGGAGCCACAGGCCGCCGAGAAGCCGAGAGCUAUGCAAGGUCACGGCCUCGUUGUUUCCAAAGAGCUUGGGCAGAAGCUCGCCAUGAUGGAGCAUGAAGAGACUCCGCCAGACUCUCCUGGGGAUCUGCAUGGUCCACUGGAUGAGAAGUCUGCUCUGGCGCUGCUCCGCGGCCGGGCCGACCCCAACGCCGCGCUGGGCGCGCUGCGGCGUACACCGCUCUUCGCUGCUGCGGAGCGGUGCAACAUCAAGCUGAUUGACAGCCUGCUCAAAUUUCGGGCUGACGUCAAUCGAGCCGAUCUUGCAGGCGAGACACCACUCUUUGCUCUCUGCCAUGCGGCUGCCUGGGCUGAUGCUUCUCUCCGCAGCCGCCGCGCCGCAGUGCAAAGGCUGCUGGAAGGCGAAGCUGACAUCGAUUUCGCCAACCCUCGAGGGCGCACGCCGCUCCAUGCGGCGAUCACAAGCGGUGAUGUUGCAGUUCUUUCGGUCCUCUUGGAGGAUGCUGCGAACGUGAACGCACGUGAUUUGGGUGGCUUCACAGCCCUGAUGUGGGCUGCUGGGCGGGGCAACGCAGAAGUUGUCAAAGCUCUGCUUACAGCUCGGGCCAACACCGCUUUAGCCGCGAACCGUGGCGAAACAGCUAUGCUCUUCGCGCUCACCAACAAGUGCGAGUCGGUGGUCGAGACCCUUCAAGACGCCGGCCAGCCCAGAGAGGGCAAGGCCGCCGCAGCCGCCCCCCCAGCUUGCCGCAGGCAUGAAGAUCAAGAGCCAGCUGCCUUCAUGGGUACGCGCAAAGUUCGCACCCGAUCUAAGCUCCAAUUCCUAUGCGGAGAAACCAACCGGUCGGAGGCGCGCAGCUGCUCUGGAUCCAUCGAUUUGCAGGACCCUGUGGUCGGCCACGAGAUGCAGGCACCAAUUCGCGUUGACGGGAACCAAAACCAGUGUGGUGCCAUCUCCGUUACCUGCGAAGGGGCAUUGGGGCAAUCCCCGCAGCUCGCUGAAGAGGCGAUGCCGAACGGCUUCCGCCAUGAUGUCAUGCUGUGGCGCCUUGUACUUCGCGUGGACAAUGUGGAGGAUGACAGCAUCUCACUGCGAGUUGCUGCACGUCAGGAAAAUGGUCGGAUCCCGCCCUGGGCAUGGACAGACCAGCUUCCAGUUCAAAUCACAUUGAGGAGGACACUCCACUCCGAGCCGAUGCACAGCCACGAUGUCAUUCUCAGCCGCACUGAACCGGUGGCAUCGGUGACAUUGCGGUCCUGCAGGGUGGAACUAGCCGCCGUUGCGGUGGCGACAUCACAACGGCGCUGGACUCUACAGGCCUAUGCGCACUUGGACAAGCAGGGUCUAGGCGGCUGCAGGUAUGGACUCCUGCUUCCACUGCCGUACAAGCUCCGAGAAGCCAGCGCCUUGAACCUCGCAGAGUGUCCAGCAGCCCUUAGCUUGCCCAUCGCAGCUUUGAGCCCGGAGUUGGACGAUAUCGAAGCCCACCAGAGCGAUCAGACAGGCACGGAUGUGUGGGAUCCUGGGAUCGUCCUCGCUUCUGCACUCCCGCAGCUCCUUCCGGGAUCUGAGGAACUGCCUUUGGAGCUGCUCGAGCUGGGAGCGGGCCUUGGUCUCCUCGGCGUUGUCGCCGCGCUCCUCGGCCACAGCUGUACCUCAACAGAUCUCGAAGCCGUUCAUGCCUCUUCUGAUCAGUUUGCGGCUGAAUGUGCAGAGCUUCUGGCGCUGUCUGGCUGUUGCUGGCAGUGGAAGGUCCUCGACUGGUCUGAGCCGCCAGACUGGGCAUUGGAGAGGACAUGGGACGUCUUGUUGGGGGCCGACCUGCUUUGGUACGCCGUUGGCCAUGAUGUGACCCCAGCACCUCGGAGCUGGGCUGCCAGGCUUCAGACCCCGUUGCUGCGGUUCAUUUCACGGCUGCGAUUCACAGAGCUCCUCCUUGCAGAGCGUGAGCGCGAUGUGGAGGCCACCGAGGAGUUCUUCCAAGUUCUGGACCUGUUUGGUUUCGAAGCACGUCGAAUGGCCCUACCUGGCGGCAAGCAAGGCUCCCUAACCGAGGCCGUUGAUGUCGCCAUCUGGAGCAUUCGACACUCCUGUCUCAUGACCGUGCCGGCGUCCAUCUGGAGCAGAGAGGCUGUGACGAACGAGGACAGCGUGUUUAACUUCCCGGUUCCGGGAGUACCAGAGACCGUGCGUGCCUGCCAAAACCUACAAAGCGACGAGCUGGGAGCGGUGGUCUGGGACGCUGCGGUGUUUCUUGCUUGGUUUUUGUGCCAGAACGAUUGGCUCUGCCAGAAUGCACGCAUCCUGGAACUUGGCGCCGGCACCGGUCUCGUUGGCCUGGUUGCAAAGGCCUUGGGUGCAGAGGGAGGCCUCCUCAGCGACCUGCCAAUGCUCGUGCCUUUGUUGGAGGAUAGUAUAUCUUUAAAUGCUGCGUGGGUAGAGGACAUGGCAGCCAUCAGUUUGGACUGGGAAGACCCAAAGUGUGUGAAGAACAUCCGAGACAUAUUCAAGCCUCAGCUGCUACUCCUGGCAGCCGAUGUUGUCCAUGAGCGAGUUCCCUACUUGGCCUUGCUGGAGACAAUCCGGCACAUAUGUGAUCUCCGAAGCCCCAUGGCCACAAGACUGCUGCUAGCUCACCAGGACCGACAGCCGGAGCACACAGACCGAUUCCUUGAAGCUGCUUUGGAGCAAGGCUUCAGCAGCCGUGUCGUGGCGAGACAUGCCAACGAGAAAACUUGCUUGGCGAAGCUAGGCAUCGAGGAUCUACAUGCUCAGUUGGAACGAGCCGGAACUGCAUAUUUCGUCUUUUCAGAGAGAGCUAUCCGUGUGCGCAACAUGUGCUGGUGCUUGGUUGCAAACCACCUUGGACUGUUCCGUGGAGCUCAGCCCCAGCGAGAUACGGUUCAGCUGGCACCGAUUUGGGUGGAAGCGACGGUUGCAGCUUCCAUUCCCAGUGGAUGUGGAGGCUGCGAGUUGCAGCCUGCAUCGGAGACGACGACAACUCUUGGUCGAACUUCGCCACUCAGACAGGGAGAUUUGACAGACUUUGAAGGGUGCUCCACCACUUGCCGGAGCUGGAGUACCGGACAGCAACGGCACAGCGCGAGUGGUGAGAUUACUUCAAGAGGCCAUUUGGCGAAGAUCCUGGCUUCACGCAGCUUCGACCUGUCCAUUGAAGCUCUGUGCUUGGAAUGCCCGAGCCCGAGACAUCCCGAGACUCCGGAGAGCGAAAGAGACGUGACACUUUUCCCUCAGCCCUAUGUGACAGAGCUCGGCCUGACGCGACCGGCGACGCUGGUGGAUCCUUGGGGUGAAGGGCAAAAAGUCCUGAUCUCACGAGGUUUGAGCCACUCAGCGACAGAGAGUAUCCUGCAGCUUUGCGAUGACCGGGGCUGGUGUGCCAGUUACUGCCAGGCACACGGCACCUCGGUGGUGCCGAAAACUGAAAUCCACGAAGAGUGGCUUCAAUCCUUCGAGGAGCUGGAAGGUAUGGAGCAGGAGCGCGUGGAAGAUUUAUGGGAGCUGCUCGAGACAGAGACGCCCCUCAAGGUCGUUGCGCUCGCCGAGAAUCCUGCGGCACAGGCUGCCAAGGCUCGUGCUAUGCUGCCACCUGGAGCGGCCCACGUGGUGGCGGCCGAGCAACAUGUAGAGUUCUUGUCGGCAGAUGUGAGCAAAGGUGAUACCCUUCGAAGACUGUGCACAGAGCAUCUGGGAAUUUCGAUGGAAGAAGUGAUUGCCUUUGGCGACAACUUCAACGAUAUAGAGAUGCUCCAGUUGGCCGGCCAGGGAGUGGCAAUGCAGAACGCCCGCGAGGAGCUCAAGGAGGUUGCAAGUAGAGUCAGCGAGUGGAGCAACGAUGACGAAGGCGUGGCAAGGGAACUGGAGCAGCUCCUCGCUUCCUUCGCAGAGUGA